CAAGAGCAAGCUCUCCGCGUUGUGGGAGGGUGUGCUCGGCGUGCCAAAAGUUGGAAGCUACGUCUCUGAGAAGGAGAAUGUGGACGAGGACAUUCUCCGGCUCGGGCAGGGGCCGCUCUCGAUCGAGAUUGACCUGAUGCAGCCGCUUGAUCCCAGCCGUGCCCCCAAGGUUCACGUGCCGCCUCUGAACCACAUCGGGUUGUGGGUGGACCCAAUCGAGGUGGCGGUCGAGAGCCUCACGGCUCAAGGGGUCCGCUUUGCACCUGGCGGCAUCCGUAAGGGCGCCGCGGGGCACCUGGUCGCGUUCAUCCACCCAAAGGGCAGCGAGGCGGCGCCGCUCUGUGGAGAGGGCAUCCUGCUCGAGCUUGUGCAGGCGCCGCCGGAGGUCGUGAAGGCUGUCGACGACGCUGCGGCAGGCUAGCUCCUCCGACAAUGCUCACGAACACUCGUCUUCAGGCGGAACCUGCAAGCCGAGCGUGGGGCCAGGGCAGAACACUCCUCGGUGGUGACGACUGACGUGUGUCGUGU